CAAGCUGUUCGCCAACAAUCCAGACGCCUGCCAUGCAUGAGAGCCAGACGUACCAUGUGCUCCAGAAUCAGAACCAGACGCCUUUCCCAGUGAUUUCAUCUCCGCUGCCAAGCUGGUCUACUAACUAUCAUGAAUACAGUGACCCCUCUCCACAGCAGUGGCAGUAUGAUGAACCAGUUAUCAACCAGCACGUCAGUGGAUCCUACCUGUCGAUGCUGAACAGCUCUUUCGAGACAGAGCAGACUGAAACUAGAUGCCAGGACUCCACUGUUGAAAGAUUGGAAAGACGCAUUGCUGAACUAGAAUCACAGGUGAAAGAUCUGCAGCAGGAGAGGCACAAGACUUCGGUAACACCACCCAGAAUGCCCCAGAUGCCAAAAAGCUUGCAAAACUUCAGCAAUACUAUGCAGAAGGCAACGCUACCGACAAAUGGGUCGAUGCAGACGAAUAGGUCUUCGCUGCAGACAAAUGGGUCGCCAGCAAAUGGGUCGCCAGCAAAUGGGUCGUCAGCACAUGGGUCGUCAGCACAUGAGAUCAUUGAAAGCGCGAUCGGAUUUGAGAGGAGAAUGCCCAAGGCACUGGCAAAAGCUAUGAGAGCUGUAUUUACAGAGGAGCAGCUGGCCACCUGUUCGUUCAAGGGUGGCAUAACCACCAAUGGGGAUCCUCGUGUCGGCCUACCAGAGGCUGAGCGAGAAGCUGUCAUUGGUAAUAAUCUUGAAUUAAAACUAUAUAUGGCAACAGGUUUUUAA